AUGAUGCAAGAUAUACUGACGAAGUGGGGCUUGGUACCUGAAACCGGCGUGAGCAGUGGAAGCUCUGCGCACAGUGUGGGAACUCAGCACGAGGAACGACAGUCGGAAGAGUCAAUCAAUGUCCAUGCCACCAAACACAAUGAUCUCGGGACGAUGCGGAAGGCAAGAAGCAACAAGCCUCCAACAUCUCUAUCGGCCAGUACCGGCGAUGGUGGAGCUUUCAUCGCAGCAGGAGCAAGGGUUGAAAUACAGAACCCUGCGCUCCGGUGGGCCCCAAAGCCUUCGGAUGAUCAGAUAAGAAAAACAGGUGAUUUCGAGCAUAAAAAUGGAGCCCAACAAGCUCAAUCUUGUUGGCAUUUUUCCCUGAUUAGGGAAUUCUCGGGGGCAAGGAGCAACGGGCUUGGAGGGUUGUAUGGAUGGUACGGUACGUACUGGAGCUGGAGCUGUAGCAGUGCCUUGGUAGCCUUAUUACUCCCAUGCGCUGCUUGUUCCCCUCUUUGCACAGCGUCAAUUGGAGGGAGAGGUAAUAGAGAAACGCUACGGAGCACUACUGUGGAUGUCAUGGAUGCCAGCGAAGUCGAGGGUUGGCGUGGUGCGGCGUGGCUUGUUAUGCACCAGGCUAGUAGCUCUAGCGGAAAGCAUCCCAAAUCCUUUUUUGCGCGUCUCUGCAACCAUCCACUGCUCCACAUCAGGGCUCAGACUCAGGAGAGAGAAGGGGGGGGAGUAUUCAAAUAA